GCUUCCAAGAUGGCCAGCAGGGCAGCGAAAGUCGCCUCUCGGACAUUAAAUUAUGUACACACGAAGAAAUGUAGAUCGCACACUUUUCACAGCGGCUUAUUACUGAGAAACAUAUCUGCAGUUAGCUCACAGAAUUUACGCCGCGUCCACUGGGACGUAAGGACGACGGCUGGAGCGAAAGAUUUCAUCUACACGCUUGACAACGAGGAGCGAGAGCAGCUGCUGCUUGAACUCCAGAGGUUUGAAGAGGCCAGGAAAAGUCCAGGUGAAAGAUAUUCAGUUCCUAAGAAGACAAAAACUACAGAAGUCAAUGGUAUACCUGUCUAA